GCCACCCCAACAUGAAGAGCUUGAACAGCCAAUAUAUGGUCCUAUUACCCAUCGGCCACGGUGCAUUUGGCUCUGUGAAUCUGGCCUACCAUCGCCUCACAGGCAUGCCGGUGGCAAUAAAAUUUAUAGAUAACGUUGAAGAACACCUCCGUUUCAUAGUAUCAGAGAUGGGGGUCCUUGAAAAACUGCACCAUCCUAACAUCAUUCGCCUCUUCCAGGUGCUGGUAACACCAAAGCAAAUCUGCUUCAUUACUGAGUUUGUCCCAGGAGGAGACUUGUUCCAAAAAGUAGUAGAGAAGGGCAGGCUGCAGGAGGAAGAGGCACAGAAAAUAUUCGGGCAGAUCCUGUCAGCCAUCAAGUACUGCCAUGACCUUAACAUCGUGCAUCGAGACCUGAAGCCCGAAAACAUCCUAUUAGAUGCAGAGGGCAACGUGAAGCUGGCAGACUUUGGUCUGGCCACCAGGUGGAGAGCUGGAACUCUACUGCGAGAGCAAUGUGGGACCAGGACCUUCAAUGCCCCAGAACAGGUACUGGGAGAGGGCUAUGAUGGGAAGAAGUCAGAUGUGUGGAGUCUGGGUGUGCUGCUCUAUUAUAUCACCACUGGGUACCACCCCUUCCAAGGAAACACCAUGGAAGAGAUUGAGGGGAAGAUCAUCACAGGCACCUACAACAUCCCAGAUCAUGUGUCUGGGCAACUGGAAAAUUUAAUUCACCAAAUGUUGACAGUUGUCCCAGAGAGGAGGCCCUCCAUUGAAGACCUACAAGAACACCCAUGGGUCAUGAAGUGUGAGGAACACAUCCCACAGGAGACAGUUUUAAAUCUAAAUGUCCUAGACACACUCUCUGACCUUGGGUUUAACAUGAAAGACGUUUUGGACUCCUUGAGGAAUAACAAAUUCAAUGAGUUAAUUGGGACAUACCUAAUAAUGGAGGAGCAGUUACGUAAGGGGCUGCAGCUUCGGCUUGGCUACCCCACCUCAGUCAAGCCUAUGGAUACUGGCGUUGUGUCUCCUGCAUCCCCAGAAUAUCCCUCUAUUUCUGGUCCUCUGAUAAAACGGAGGGCCAGUGAGCCCACCCUUGGUCUCUUCCACCGCCAGCUCUCACAACAGCACCUGCAUGUUGUGCCAACAGCACCAGGGCAGAAGGCAGCCAGAAGUGCCUCCAUGCCUGCACGUUGUCCCAGGAAGAAGAGCUGGACUUCCAGCUAUGGCCCCCUAUCCACAGCUGCAACUUGCUCAAGUGUCUGCAGCAGCAUUUCUGAACAGGAAUCACUCCUGUCAAAUGCCACAGACUCAGAAAUGGAAAGUGAACUGCCACCUCAGAGCAGCGGGUGCUUCCGGAGACUCUGCAAGACAAUCAGGGCCUGCCUCUCAAGAUUAUGCUGCUUCUCAGGGGGGCCAAAGACACAAGGCAGGACUAUGUUCAACAACAAAGUGGCUCCCCUGAGAGAGGAAGGGUGA